AAAUGCGACCAUGAGAUUCCGUCCGCAACCGCGCGAAACCGACCGCACUGUCAAUUGACCACACACCCGAUUCCAUCAACUUUUCCAUCGCCACAGACCGCCAAAGCCAUCCGACAAUGAGUCCUGGCGUUCUCAACGGCGAGGCGACCGUCGGGGCCGACGUGCCCCGGCAGAAGAGCAAGGCCACGCCCGACACGUUGCGCGUGGGGUGCAUCGCGAUGGUCGAGAAGGAAGGCCAGGCGCGGCGCGCCGAGAUUCUGAGCAUCAAGGAGGCCAAGAGUGGGCGGCAGUUCUACUGCAACUUUGACAACUUCAACAAGCGCCUCGACGAGUGGGUGCCCGUGCGGCGCAUCGACUUUGAGCAGGACGUCGAGUGGCCGAACCCGGACAAGGACAAGCCGGGCAAGGACAACAAGAGCAAGACGGCGGCCGCCGUGUCGAAGAACAAAAAGUCGGCCAACAAGAACCCUAAGCGGCUGAGCAAGCGCGAGCAGUCGGUCAUCUCAGAGGCGACCACUCCGAGCCACCCGUGGACCGAAUUUGUCGACAACCAGAAGGCGCCGUCGACUCCGCUCGAUGCCGACUCGACGAAAGCUACCUCGACACCCGCCGCGGCCGGUGAUGAGAUGGACCUGGACGAUGAUGACGAAGUUGCAGAGGUCAAGAAGGAGGACGAGGGCGGUUUCAGCAGGGAGAAGGAGAUUGAGAAGCUGCGGACAGGAGGCUCGAUGACACAGAACCCGACCGAGCUGGCGAGAAUCCGAAACAUAUCAAUGGUGCAAUUUGGCGAGUGGAACCUGUUCCCCUGGUACUUCUCGCCCUACCCGGAGCCCUUCACCCUUGAGGACGUCAUCUACAUCUGCGAGUUCUGCCUCAACUAUUACGCCGACCACAAAUCCUUUGUGCGGCAUCGCCACCGGUGCACGCUGCACCACCCGCCGGGCAACGAGAUCUACCGCGACGAUUAUGUCUCGUUCUUCGAGAUUGACGGAAAGAGACAACGGACCUGGUGCAGGAAUCUCUGUCUAUUCUGCAAAAUGUUCCUCGACCACAAGACGCUCUACUACGAUGUCGACCCGUUCUUGUUCUACGUCAUGACGCAGAAGUCGGAAAAGGGCCAUCACUUGGUUGGCUUUUUUUCCAAGGAGAAGGAGAGUGCAGAGGGCUACAACGUCGCCUGUAUCCUGACGCUGCCGCAGUACCAGCGCAAGGGUUUCGGCCGGUUGCUCAUCCAGUUCUCGUAUGAGUUGUCCAAGAUCGAGGGCAAGCUGGGCUCUCCCGAGAAGCCGCUGUCUGAUCUUGGGCUUCUCAGUUACCGGCAGUACUGGUCUGAGGUCAUUCUUGAUUUACUCAUCGAGGCUGCCGAGCGGGACGAGAAGACGAGUAUCGAGAGCAUAUCAUCGUCGCUGGCCAUGAUGACGGUCGAUGUUGAGCACACGUUACAGGCGCUCAAGAUGCAGGUGUACCACAAGGGCGAACACAAGCUCGUCAUUCCCGAGGCACUCAUUGCACGUAGGGAAAAGGACAAGCUCAAGGCCAAGAGGUACAUUGCGCCCGAGCGGAUCCAGUGGAAGCCACCUGUCUUCACUGCAUCCUCCAGGACGUGGGGUUGGUAGAUAGUCCUGUCAGCCGGCACUUUUACGUGCGUGUAGGUUUAGCAGGAGGAGGUAGAGGCGUAUUGGACUUUGCGGCGUCUCUUGGGAAAGGAUUUAAAGGCGUGACUAGCGAACAAAUUGAUACCCUUGCGAUUGUG